AUGUCCCUCGCGCGCUUAUCGUGCCGAGUACGGUACGACCGCGUCAUUCUCCUCCUACCGUGCCAGCAAACCUCGGCGCGCCGCUUCCACGCCUGCGCUUCGCAGCGCAACCCCGAAGCACCCUCCUCCUCCGCCUCAUCACCACAACCGAAGCGCGGCCUCGGUCUGCUCCGAGGAAGCAAGACGCCAGCGGCCAAGGACACUACCUCUAAGGCAGCAGCGACGCGCUACAUCCUCGGUCAGAGCGCUGACCUCCCCAUCCGGGCGCGCUUCGCGCCCUCCCCCACGGGAUACCUGCACCUGGGCUCGCUGCGCACCGCGCUGUUCAACAACGUCGCCGCGCGGGCCAGCAAGGAUGGCGGCGCAUUUAUCCUACGCAUCGAAGACACGGACCAGCAAGCUCACGCCAACUCUUUCCAGAGCCGUCUUGUCCAUGACGCCGAGGCGCGCUUACUAGAAGAUCUCUCAUGGGCCGGCCUCUCUUGGGACGAGGGCCCCGACUGCGGUGGCCCGUACGGUCCCUACCGCCAGUCGGAGCGCCUGCCCAUCUACCAGGAGCACGCCCAGACGCUGCUCGACAACGGCCACGCCUACCGCUGCUUCUGCAGCCCCGCGCAGCUCGACGCCCAGCGGCAGGCCCUCCACGAGGCCGGCCGACCGACCCUGUACCCGGGCACCUGCCGCGCCGUCGACCCGGCUGAGUCGUCCCGCCGCGCGGCCGCCGGCGAGCCGCAUGUCGUGCGCUUCCACGGCGGCGGAGAGACCGGGGCCCGGCCCGCGCUGCGCGACGCCAUCUACGGCCACUUUCAGAAGAAGGAGCCCGAGGAGGACUUCAUCCUGCUCAAGUCAGACGGCUUCCCGACAUACCACUUUGCGUGCGUCGUCGACGACCACCUCAUGAAGAUCACCCACGUCAUCCGUGGAGAAGAGUGGCUCAUCUCCGCGCCCAAGCACGUAGCCCUCUACCACGCCUUUGGCUGGCAACCCCCCAUCUUCGCGCACCUCGGCCUGCUCGUCAACCCGGACGGCACCAAGCUCAGCAAGCGCAACGCCGACGUCGACCUGUCCACCUACAAGGCCGGUCGCGUCUUCCCCGCCGCGCUGCUCGCCUGGCUCGCCAACCUCGGAUCGUCUUUCAAGCCCAGCGCCAAGCCGCCGCGCUCCGUCGCCGACAUUGCCGAAGCCUUGACGUUUAAAUUCACCCGCGGCGGCAUCAAGCUCAACGUCGAGAAGCUCGACCACUUCAACGGCAGGUACCGCGACCUGCUCCUCCGCGAACCCCUCGCCUCGCUUCCUCCCCGUGAGGCCGCCCUUAUGCGCACCCACCUGCUCUCGCCCACCCUCGCCGCCGUCUCGACCGCCGCCACCACCGGCGUGCCAUCGUGGCCGCGCGCCCCCCUCCCCCUCGAGCGCGUCCCGCCCCUCCUCCGCGACGCCCCCGACGCGUACGUCCACGCCGUGCUGGCCAGUCGCGACGGCGGCUUCCGCGACGCGGCGGACGUGGUCCGGCAGCACCCGUACCUCUUCUUCCGUCCGCCGGCGGACGUCUACCGGGCCUCCGUGGCCGCCACCCCGCCGGACGCGCGCGUCCUGGAUGCGCUGCGCGGCGUGCUCGAGCGGGAGGACGAGGACGAUGGGAUCUGGGGCGGCCGCAACGGGCAGCGCAGCGUGGAGGCGCUGCGCACGGUCCUGGAUCGUCAGGGCGUCGACCCGCUGACGAUGCACAACGUACUGCGCCUGGUCGGUGCGGGCGGCCAGGAUGUCGUGUCGCAGAGCAGUGGUCGCAUGUUGGCCACGCUGGGUCGGGACGAGUGGCGGCACCGGCUACGAUGCGUGCAACAAAUUGUAUAA